CAGCAUUGUUCAGGUAACAACUAAUCACUUCUGCUAACAAACAAACAAACAAAUUCACAAGGUUUUUCAUUCUGCUGAUUUUUCCAAAGCCGCCAAAUUAACAUAUGGAACAUGAAUCUUUCUUCAAUCUCUUUGAUUCUUUAUGGUUUGAGCUUAACAUUUUCAACAACAACUCAACUUCAUCAAUAACAUCAACAACUUCUGAACAAAAUCUUAAAGAUUCUCACAAAAAUGAAACAUCAUCGGAACAACCAAAACUCACACGGAUCCGAACUGUUCAUAACAGAUCCAUGAGUGACCAAUCUGUAACAAAUUUCAACCAUGAUUCUCUUUCACCAGACUCUGUUCUUAUCUCUUCAAAGCUUCAAACCAUUCUUUCAGGAAAAGAAGUAACAGACACAGAAGAUGAAAACCUAGUACCAAAGAACAACAACAUUAACAAGGUUGUUAAGAAGAAAAGGGGAAGUAAGAGUUUAUCAGACCUUGAAUUUGAGGAGCUAAAAGGGUUUAUGGAUCUGGGUUUUGUUUUCUCAGAGGAAGAUAAAGAUUCAAGCUUGGUUGAAAUUAUUCCUGGGUUACAAAGACUUGGGAAGAAAAAUGAAGAAACAGAAGAAGAAGAAAAAGAUGAUUAUGAUGAAUCUGUUGUUCAAAGACCUUAUCUUUCUGAAGCUUGGGAGGUUUAUGAAUGGAGGAAAAAAGAGAAACCAUUGAUGAUGAAUUGGAAAGUUCCUUCUUUGAACAAUGAAAUUGAUAUGAAGAAUAAUCUCAGAUUAUGGGCACACACUGUUGCUUCUACUGUUAGAUGAAAUGAUUUUGUUCAUAUUUCAUAAUCUAUUUUUUUUUUCUUCUUAAAAUAUACAUUUUUGCUAAAUAAUGUCUUUGGAAUUGUUUGGUUUAUACUUUUAGUUUUAGCAUAAUGCAACAUUUUUUUAGUUAUUUCCUUGUCAUUUUUUUGUGGAAUUUGAUAUUCCAUUUUAAUCUGUAAUUUUUGACAUGAAGGAAUGAAAUUUUAUUCAACAUUUGGGAUCUAUUAGCUUAAUAU